AUGAGUUCCCUACUAAAAACAAUUGCACUUUGUGCUGCUUUUGUACCAGCUACGAUAUCUUCAUCUCGUGAGCGCCUCAACAACUAUGAUUAUGACGAUACUGGCCCGGCAGUGACCAUUGAUUCCGGUGUUAUUAUCGGUAGAGACGGCCGACUUCCUGGCUCCAAGGCAGUGCAGAAGUUCCUCGGUAUUCCAUUUGCCCGGCCACCAGUCGGAGACCUUAGAUUCUCACCUCCUGAACUUCCACUACCAUGGCCAACGCCUAGAUACACUACCGGAAGCCCCCCCGCUUGCAUUCAAGAUUUUGGCAACAAGACCUCUGGCAGCCAGUUUCAGAAGGCGCUGUUUAACACACCUCCGGCUCCGGGAGAAAGUGAGGACUGCCUAUAUUUAAACGUCUACCGGCCUAGUGGUGAUUACGAGCAUAAGCCGAUAUUAUUCUGGAUAUAUGGCGGCGGAUAUAGAUUUGGCGCUAGUUCAUAUCCGUUCUACGACGGUUCAAGCCUUGCUGCAAAUCAAGAUAUCAUUGUGGUUACUGCAAACUAUCGGACGAACCUGUUUGGAUUCCCUCGGUCACCGCAGCUGCCUUUGAACCAGCGGAAUCUUGGGAUACUUGAUCAGAGACUGGCUCUUGACUGGGUCAAAAGAAACAUUCAUGUUUUUGGCGGCGAUCCAAACAAAGUAACCAUCGCUGGUCAAUCCGCUGGCGCAGUAUCUGUAGGCCACCUUAUCAACACUGCUCCUCCUGGACUCCCCUUUCGAGCGGCCAUUCUUCAAUCGGGUUCCUCGCUGUUUGAACUUCCUCCAGGGCCUCCCAACGGCGAAUUCUCAUCGUGGACAAGCUUGAUUCAACAUCUCAACUGCACAGAUGCUUCAGAUACAGCCAUCUUACGUUGCGUUCUCGCCGCGAGCGUAGAUACUCUGCGAGAGAUACUGUUGAAAACGGGGUUACCAUUCCAAACACCUAACAUGGAUAAUGUCACGGUACUCGAAUCACCAGCCAAGGCAUAUGCUGCAGGCAAGGCAUCCAAGGUACCAAUUCUCAUAGGCUCGACGCUUGAUGACGGGUCAACCUUCUCUUAUGGCAAAGGGGCAAAUGUCACAGCCUUCAUCGCAAGCUUAUCGUUUCCCCCUGAGAUAGCGGCGGCGAUAACGAAACUAUACGUACCAAACUCCACUGCAGCAGCAGGCCUAUCAACGGGAAAGCAAAUAAUCUCACAAAUUGUAACGGACUCGACGUUCCGCUGCCCUGCUGGCUUUGUUGCGAACCUUACUUCAACGGCGCUCAAGGCGCCUGUCUGGCAAUAUCUGUUUAACGACUAUGCUGCACGGCACCCAGAGUAUCCAGAGCUAGGUGUCUACCAUACUUCUGAUAUUGCCUAUGUGUUCGGUACCCAGGUGCUUCGUAAUCCCAAAGAAGCGAACAUGCUAUGGCUACAGAAGUUAUGGGCAGAUUUUGUGAAGAACCCGCAUGCUGGCCCAGGCUGGAAACAGUAUCCUUCUGUUGGCUUGCUAAAAGGAGGCGAGGAUAGCACUAUCAACACCGAAGACGUGAGGAAACUAGAUCCGGUCUGCAAAGUGUGGGAUAAACUGUACUCCUUAACACUCAUAAAGACUUAG